AGCUGGUGGCUGGUAGCUUAGCAGCCGCCGCAGUUUCAGUUUCAGUUCGCGUUCAGUUCUUCGUCGUUCGCGCUGUAUGAAUGUUGUUGCCUUCUGCGGUCGAGCGGGAUUUUCGUUUUCGGUCAGGAAUCGAGUCCAAUCGGAACGGAUCGGAUCGCGGUGAAUAAAAACACGUUUCGCCUAGGCACAAGAUACACUUUUGCGUAUUCCUGCAGUGCCUCGCUUACCAUCUGGUAAUGGUAUUUCGGUUCUGUUGCUCUCACUCCCGUCGAAUCGUCGAAUAGUCGAAUUGUGGCGCAUUUAAAUAGCUGGCGUUGUUUGUUUGUUUGCUGGCUGCCGCGACCAUAACACAGAAUACAACAAAGAAGCCAAAGGCACGAGCACGAGUAUCUCGCAGUCUCAGUAUCUUCUGAAAGCGCUCCGCAAAGUAUCUAAUGUGCGCGGGAGCGGUACAGUGAAUACGGUCUCUUCUGGCAGCGGCCAAAAAAUAUAUAAUGCUAAUAAACCAAAAACACGUUUUAUGCCAUUUGUGUUUUGCUCUUCUCGGAAAUAGGCCCCAUCUUAAUAGAAAUCCAAAGAGCUGAAAGCUGAGUGGUACAAUCAACAUAUAACGUGUACUUCCAAUGCAGAUGCCAAUCCCCAGCGUAUUCAAUUAAAAAGCAGCAUUCAAGAUCCGCAAAUACGUAUCACAAAAUAUAAAGCAUAAAUCAACUGGAGCCAAAUGCUGAUGCCAUAUGCCAAUAGCGAUUGAAGCCAGAACUAAACGCAUUCUCAACUAAAAACACACACAAACUAGCGCCAUGAACGAGCUGCAGGCCUCCAGUGUCCCGCUGGUGGACAAGUGCUCCUCCCACGCCGUCAUCCUGCCGGCGGCCAAGAGUCCCAACAAAGUCUCCGAUUCGGCGGCCACCACGGCACCCAAUGCCGUUCUCUACACGAGCGGGAACAUGUCCCUAUCAACGCUCUCCACAGGCAGCGGCAACCCAAAUCCGAAUCCAAAUCCGAAUCCGAGUCCCAAUCCCAGACAGGAGCCAGUGCCACUGCUCAGCCAACUGAAGCUGACCAACGACCUGAAGCAGAACAGUCACGGGUCCCAGAACAACUUGUGCAAUGGCGGCUUGGGCAGCAACAACCAUGCUUUGGCCCCCAAGGUGGCCAACAACAGCGGUGGAAGUCCGAAUGGCCAGAAGAAGGGUACCAUCGCCUUGUCCCAUCUGCCCCAACGGCCGCCGGUGGACAUCGAGUUCUGUGAUAUAUCCUACUCAGUUACCGAUAGCCAUCGGCGCGGAUUCAAGACCAUCCUGAAGAGCGUCUCGGGCAAGUUCCGGAAUGGAGAGAUCACAGCUAUCAUGGGACCCUCAGGAGCCGGAAAAAGCACACUAAUGAACAUCCUGGCGGGCUACAAAACUGCCCAACUCAGCGGCUCCGUACUGAUCAACAGCAAGGAGCGGAAUCUGCGGCGCUUCCGCAAGCUCUCCUGCUACAUCAUGCAGGACGAUGUGCUGAUCGCCAAUCUGACCGUUCGCGAGGCCAUGAUGGUGGCCGCCAACCUGAAGCUGGGAAAGAACAUGAUCAGCUACGCCAAGGUGGUGGUGGUCGAGGAGAUCCUCGAGACGAUUGGCCUGAAGGAGUCGGUGAACACGCUGACCUGCAAUCUAUCUGGUGGCCAAAGGAAGCGACUGUCCAUUGCCCUCGAACUGGUCAACAAUCCACCAGUGAUGUUCUUCGACGAACCCACCUCCGGACUGGACAGCUCCACCUGCUUCCAGCUCAUAUCGCUGCUGAGAUCGUUGGCCAGAGGAGGCCGCACCAUAGUGUGUACAAUCCAUCAGCCGUCGGCGCGUCUCUUCGAGAAGUUCGAUCAUCUGUAUCUGCUGGCCCAGGGCCAGUGCGUUUACGAGGGUAGAGUGAAGGGACUGGUGCCGUACCUAUCAUCACUGGGCUACGAAUGCCCCUCAUAUCACAAUCCUGCUGACUAUGUCCUGGAGGUGGCGUCCGGGGAGUACGGAGACGCUGUUCCCAAGCUGGUGGAUGCGGUGAAGAGUGGAGCUUGCAAGAAGUACGCGCACAAGGAUUAUGUACUGACGCUGGCCCAAAAGGGCUGCAACAAUGACAUUAUCAAGGGCAGUGGCAGCGGAGCGGAUAACGCGAUGGCCAUCUUGACCCUGGAGGAUGAGAAGCCGCCGUUGGAGGACAGGCAACUGGAGCCCUCUAUUCCCGUCGAGGAUCCUGCGGAGCUGAAACCACCGAAGCUGGAGACGCAGCAGUCCCAAAACUCCGACUGCAGCGUGGUCAAUAUGCCGACCAAUGCCGUGGACGACAGUUGCAGCUUUAGCUCCUCGAAGGGCACCCAAAAUGCUGUGGGUGGUUCGGGAUCGGGAGGACCCAGUGCCGUCGUGGGCUGCAUGACCUCGCUGCUGGAUUCGCACGAGAGCGUGGUCACACUGCCCAACAAGACGGGAUUCCCCACCAGCGGCUGGACACAGUUCUGGAUCCUGCUCAAACGCUCAUUCCGCACCAUCCUGCGCGACAAAAUGCUGACCCACAUGCGACUCUUCUCCCACGUGAUCGUUGGAGCCAUCAUCGGGAUGAUCUACUACGAUGUGGGCAACGAGGCCAGCAAGAUCAUGAGCAACGCGGGAUGCAUCUUCUUCGUCUCCCUGUUCACCACCUUCACGGCCAUGAUGCCUACCAUUCUGACCUUUCCCACCGAAAUGUCAGUGUUCGUGAGGGAGCAUCUCAACUACUGGUACUCCCUGAAGGCGUUCUACUUUGCCAAGACCAUAGCGGACAUGCCAUUUCAGAUCGUCUUCUCCAGCGUCUAUGUCCUGGUGGUGUACUACCUAACCUCACAGCCAAUGGAAUUGGAGCGGGUCUCGAUGUUCGUGCUGAUCUGCGUGCUGAACUCUCUGGUGGCACAGUCGCUGGGACUGCUGAUCGGGGCGGGGAUGAACAUCGAGACGGGCGUAUUCCUCGGCCCCGUGACGACCAUACCCACGAUAUUGUUCUCCGGGUUCUUUGUGAACUUUGACACCAUUCCGGGCUACCUGCAGUGGGUGACCUACGUCAGUUAUGUGCGCUAUGGCUUCGAAGGUGCCAUGGUAGCCAUCUAUGGAAUGGAUCGGGCCAAGAUGCAGUGCAAUCAAAUGUACUGCCACUACCGAGUGCCCAAGAAGUUUCUGGAGGAGAUGUCCAUGGAUAACGCUCUGUUUUGGGUGGACGCCGUCGCCCUGAUCGGAAUCUUCUUUGCCCUGCGCAUCAUCGCCUACUUCGUGCUGCGAUGGAAACUGCACAUGAUUCGCUAAGCGGACAGCUUGUGGGAUUUGUUCAUAGUCUAGGGAUAUCAUUAUUACCAUACGUUAGAGAUCACCUGUACAUAGAAAGGGGUUUGGGGCCUAGUGCGAGGGGAGGUUGGGAUCCCAGGAAAGCUGGAUUGUAGCUAGAUGUAGCUUUACCGCAUUCUUAAACUUCUCCCGUCGCGCUUUGUACGUUUAUACAGACAGACAGACAUACACACGCAUCGCAUCGGCAUCCAGAAGACGAUUCUAAAUAUAUACCCAUGGAUAUAUAUACACCCGUACAGUAGCUGUUCUGCAUACCACAAAAAAAUGGAAUUUACAUAGAACUAUAUAUAGAUAUUAACUAGGAGUACCCACGUAGAGCCCCACUUCAACACACACUUUUAUCGAGGUACAUAUAAUUCUUGUGACCAAGCAGAAAAGAGUCUGAACUUAAGUAGGUUGAAAACAUAACAAAUUGUAGACAAGAUCCUUUAGAGCGGAAACCGAAUCGGUGCAGAGUUUAGGACACGACUUUCUCCCAACGUUCUUCACUCCGUCCCUAAGUCAAAAACACCACCUCCCUAUACUCUUCUUUUGGCAAUCGAUUUCGAAACCAGAAAGGACGCAGCGUGCAAUCAAACGGAAGUUAGGGCGAGCGUGGAAAGCGGAAACGGAAACAGAAAUCAUUCCCUUGUGAUAGAAAGCGGUGCAGUCCGGGCUGGGGAAUCCACAUCCCGGACGGGAAAGGUAGAACCAAAAAAAUCGGAGAAGGGAACCUGGCCAACUGGUGAUAUAAAGCAAUUACUAUUUUUACGGUGGGAUGCAAUCGGAUUUGUGUUAGCUGCGCGUAUUUGUGAUUAUUACAUUUUAAUUUAGUACAUGUUUAGUUUAAUUUUAUACGUCUACAUUUGUCAUGCCAAAAUAAAUGCAAUUUUCAUUUAAACAGCAAGCUCUCCUUCCUUCGGAAGCCCCUCCCAAAGUAAAUUAUUUAGUAUUAGUCUUUGAUCUAAAACACAUUGGAGUGAUACACAAACCAAGUUUAACUACAGAAAUCGGUGGCAACAUAUUCAGGCUCCUUUCAAAAGGACGGUAUAGCAUUGUAAUUAUUUAUUAAGCAAUCUGUUGAAGACGCCCCUGGAAAUAUUCGUUUGAGUAUGGUGUGUUGUAUAUUUCGGUAGUUCGUAGCCCAUGUUACACUGUACAUUAACGUUAAAGAAUGGCCAUUGCUGUACACAAAACCCAUAUUAAUUACUGUCAAAAUCUGGUAGAGUAUUUUUAAUAAAGAACCCAAAACAUCAUCGAUACCUUAAGAAGCUAA